AACUCCAGUCCCGUUCUUGCACCGCCUCGGACUCCAUGUUGUUCCGACAGCCACGGAGCGAGCAAGUGCCCUGGCCGAAAACUCUCACGUUGCAACUUUGUGUGUGCGAGAAGUAAAGUGUGUGUGAGUGUGUACGCGCGUGUGUGAGUGUGUUGACCCUCCGAAAGAAGAUGGCAGACUACCGGGAAGACACCGGAGCUCGAGCCCUGCUUGCUUUACAGUCGGCACCAUGCAGUCCCGUGCGCGUCGCGGUGACCUCGCACGCCUAUCACCAGCCAUCGCUCGCCCUCUUGGGUCCUUCGAUGAUGGAAGCCCGCGCCGACGCCGGGCUUUUCCCCGUGCGCCUUGCGUGUCCUCCUGCGCAGGCCCUGGCUAGACUCGAGGGCCGGGACUUUGAGUUUGUGAUGCGCCAGAGGACGGUCACCAUAGGCCGGAACUCGUCUCACGGCUCCGUGGACAUCAACAUGGGCCACUCGAGCUUCAUCUCCAGGCGACACCUGCAGAUCGCCCACGACGAGACGAGCGGGUUCUCCCUCCGGUGUCUGGGCAAGAACGGCGUGUUCGUUGACGGGGUGUUCCAGCGGAGAGGCGCGCCGCCGCUGUCGCUGCCCAGAGAGUGUGUGUUUCGUUUUCCCAGUACAGUAAUCAAGAUCCAGUUCAUGUCGCUCCUGCCGCCGGAGGAGCACCGAGAGAGGGAGCAGCCCUCGCUUCCCCCUCGCCCACUUCUGCCCCACAUUUCCCCCCUCAAAAUAAGCAUUCCCACAAUGCAGCAGCAUGAAGAGCACAUCAGGGCUUUUGGCUCGCCGAUGCCCUCGCCCACAGGCACCCUCAGUGUUCCUAACUCCUGCCCGGUCAGUCCGCGAGGGGCAGGAUCAUCAGGGUAUCGCUAUGGACGCAACGUGACCUCUGACCUCCAGUUAGCAGCUGAAUAUGCCGCCAAGGCUGUUUCUGAGCAGAGACGAAGCAUUGCUGAGCAGAGAGGUGGGGGAAGUGAGCAGCGGGAGGGGUCGGCCGGUGGAGACAGCCCCAAGGACGAGUCCAAGCCACCUUAUUCCUACGCACAGCUAAUCGUCCAGGCCAUCUCUUCUGCCCCGGACAAACAGCUGACUCUCUCUGGCAUCUACGCCCAUAUCACCAAACACUACCCCUACUACCGCACUGCAGACAAGGGCUGGCAGAACUCAAUAAGACACAACCUGUCACUCAAUCGCUACUUUCUCAAAGUGGCCCGUUCUCAGGAUGAGCCCGGGAAAGGGAGUUUCUGGCGCGUGGAUUCUGCUUCCGAGAGCAAGUUGGUGGAGCAAGCCUUCAGGAAAAGAAGGCAAAGAGGGGUGGCUUGCUUUAGGACGCCAUUCGGACCCCUCUCUUCUAGGAGUGCUCCUGCCUCCCCGACCCACCAGGGACUUCUUUCUCCCCCGUCUAGCGGGCUGCAGACUCCUGAAUGUCUGAGCAGGGACGGCUCUCCCAUCUCCCACGACCACCACGAACAGCUGGCUCACAAACUGGCAUCCGUACCCGAGUAUAGGUAUUCUCAGAGUGCCCCUGGAUCUCCAGUCAGCGCUCAGCACGUCAUCAUGGCUGCACCCGCCCACCCGACAGUCCAGGGGAAAGCCCUUGCCUUCGUUCCAAGUGGCGGCGGCCAGAUCCAGCCCAUCCACAUGCUCCAGGGCCCCGCUCAGUCCUCCAUCACCAUGGUGCGGGUGGUUACCAGCGCCCCUCCAACUUCCAACCCUCCUAAUGGGUACAGCGCUCCCUCUAUUGGAGGAACAGAGGGCAACACUGAGCUCAGAGAAGCCCAGCUCAACAGAGAGCGAGUGAUCCAGACUGUGGACAGUGCAGUGCAGGGUGGGGACGGGCGACACCUGGCCCUAGGUUUACAUCAACUUCCUGUUCGUCCUGUUACUCAGAAUGGAAAACACACCGGUGCUGCCGUUGCCACAGCAACCGGUCUUGCUAAUGCAUCUGGCAUCCAGACACUGACUCCACCGUACUUCAUAUUCCUUCCAGGCCUGAGCAGUCCUCUCCAGAUCUUGGCUGCCCAGGCCUCCAGCUCCCCUCCGGUGCUGGUGAGUCGACAGCCCAGUGCAGAAACGUUAGCCGAGCAGCCGGGGGGGGAGCCACAGGCCAAGCGGACAAAGAUGGAGGACGGAGGUGGGACUGAAUCUGUUCUGCAUCAAGUCACGCCUUCUCAGCAGCCCGUCAUCGUCGCCAUGACAUCACAAACCCACGACCCCAGGAAGUGAAAACCCAGGGCCUCUAACCAGGUACCCGACGGACAGCCUCCUCACGGUCCCCUAACUGCUUUUGCCUUUUAUACUCAUUUGAUAUGACUGCAGCCGCCACGGCCAAGAAAUAAAAAUGUACAGGCAGCCUCUCUUUGACAGAAGGGAAUUAAAAUUGUAAGGAAACAUAUUUUUCUUUUUGGGUCAAAAGUAUAUUAAAACUUUUCAAAAAUACAUUCUGUAUUCAAAGCAAGUAAAUCUUUCAGGACUUUUUUUUUCCAGCUUUUUUUUUUAAUGUAAUCCAUUACUCACUGACACAACAAAAGUAAGGAUAUUAAGCUUAUAAGAGCAUUAUACAUAUUACAAUCAUUUCAGCACUACUUUUACUAUGUGAAUAUUGGAUAAUAUCUCAAGAUACAACCUUUCCUCUGAUGGAUGAGAUGCAUCAGUUACUGUCACUCCCGAGGCCAAAGAACUCCUGCACUUGUUAUUAGCCAUUACCUGAAUUAAAACCAGGGAAUGUUUGUUUUUUUAAAUGGCCGGUAUUUAUAGAAGAAACUGUGACGAUCAGAGUUUGAUAUAUUGUGUAUAACUUCACACAAUAGAGGACAGAGAGGACUUUGCUGCGUAUACGCAGACACACUGAUGGGCCGUGGGAGACUGUUAAGAAUAUGAUUGUACUCUUCAUAAGGCCACUUUUUUUUUUUUUACUGAAAAGGUCUCGCUUACAAAAAGAAAAUAUAUUAAUAUUAAGGCCCAGGAUGUGAGGUGGCUAUCCUUCUUGCCUUCUUCUUCUGUGAAGCACAAACGGAAAAAAAAAAAUGGGUUUUGCUUUUUGGAAGAAAAUCCAGGAACGACAAACGAGGACUUUUGCUUCUCUUCACUCCUCGAGAUGAACUGAGUGAUUGGACAGCAGAGGAGGGUUACAAAAAAAAAAUAAAAAAAAAUAAAAAAAGGCAACUAUUUGGAGUUGAUUGAAGUGGAGCUAACCUAAUGUAGACAAACUGAUUGUUUUAAUUAUUUUGUUCUCGUUUCAGUAGUGGUUAAAAGGAGAAAUGGAACAGUCUGUGCGUAUGUUUUUUUUGUGUUAGCACAGAAAAAAAGCAUUAUUGUAAUAAUCCUUAAAGCCUUAAAUAUUUCUACGUUUUGUUUUUUGUCUUUUUUUAUUUUAACCUUUUAGAAAGCUUUAACUUUUUCUUCUUUAAAAAUAGUUAACACAGCGCUUCUUUAACAGAACAUGAUCGGCAACACUACAGCGGUGACGGUUACGUUGCAUCAGAAGACUUGCAUCAGUUUUAUCAGGGGGAAGAAGGGCGGGACCAACACACGACCACAGAUUUCAACAGCUUGUUUUCUUUUCUUUCCGUAUACGGUACUUCCGACAUAAUUUUCUACGGGGGACUCUUGCUUUUCAAUUUCCCUGAAAUACAUUAACCUUUCUCCCAAUCUACCUCUCCUCCGUGAGCAGGAGUCUCUACAGAGGCAUCAAGCGUUUAGCAAUUCCUGUCACAGACACUGCCCUCAUUAGAUAUUCUCCAGCACUUUCUCCUCCUCCUCUAAUCUUUCAUUCUCACUCUGCCUUUGGCUUUUUCUGAAUGUCCUUGCACAGGGCCUCAUUUUUAGCUGGCAAUCAGGCCCCAACUUGCGAAAGAUUUCAGUGAUUGUUGUUGCACAUUAGAAAAAUAUUUUUUUUUUUUUUUUUUUAAAAGAUGCGUAAUGAUUGUAUGCUGCUCUAUCUGCUAAAUGACAAAGCUAUUUAGAAGGUAUUUUUUCUGAUUUUGGAGAAAAGAAAAAAUAUUUUGCUAUAUGUAAAAAAAAAAAUUAAAAAAGAAUAAAUAAAACGGCUGUCGUCAAUACGUAAACAUUCUGGAAAUAGAGAAGUAUAUGUAUUUUUAAAUGUUCCUGUUUUUGUGAUUUGUUAAAAAUGUGUAGCACAAAUUAAAAUUCCUCAUUGACUUAA